CGCGAAAACUUGCACAGCACAGGGAAGAAGUGUGGUGUUGGUGUGCGGCACUGUUCCUGUUUCUGGAUUCAUAUUUACCUGAUAAAACAUUGUAUUUUUCGAGAACAAAAUGUCUACAGACGUUGUUGAUGACCAAGCGAUGAGGGAGGCGCAGAGGGAUUAUCUAGAUUUCCUCGAUGAUGAUCAAGAUCAGGGCAUCUACCAGAGCAAAGUACGGGACAUGGUCAGCGAAAACAAGGCUCGCCUCGUCGUGAACAUCAACGACCUCCGCCGGCGGAAUGAGACCCGAGCAGCGAGGCUGCUGAACAACUCGUUUGAGGAGCUGCUGGCGUUCCAGCGCGCCCUGAAGGACCUGGUGUCCUCGGUGGACGCCACCUACGCCAAGCAGCACGAGGAGUUCUUCGUGGGCCUGGAGGGCAGCUUCGGCACCCGGCACGUCACGCCGCGCACACUCACCUCGCGCCUGCUGGGAAGCCUGGUGUGCGUCGAGGGCAUCGUCACCAAGUGUUCCCUGGUGCGUCCUAAGGUGGUGCGCAGCGUGCACUACUGUCCCGCCACCAAGAAGACCAUGGAGCGCAAAUACACAGACAUGACCUCGCUGGAGGCCUUCCCCUCCAGUGCCAUCUACCCCACUAAGGACGAGGAGAACAACCCUCUGGAGACGGAGUUCGGCCUGUCGGUCUACAAGGACCACCAGACGGUGACGGUGCAGGAGAUGCCCGAGAAGGCCCCGGCCGGCCAGCUGCCGCGCUCCGUGGACAUCAUCCUGGACAACGACCUGGUGGACAGCAUCAAGCCCGGCGACCGCGUCCAGAUCAUCGGCACCUACCGCUGCCUGCCCGGCAAGAAGGGCGGCUUCACCUCCGGAACCUUCAGGACGAUCAUGAUUGCGUGCCAGGUGAAGCAGAUGAGCAAAGAGGCGGUACCCUACUUCUCUGCCGACGACGUGGCCAAGAUCAAGUCCUUCAGCAAGUCCCGCUCCGGGGACGUGUUUGACCAGCUGGCGCGGUCCCUGGCGCCCAGUAUCCACGGCCACGAGUACAUCAAGAAGGCCAUCCUGUGCAUGCUGCUCGGCGGCGUGGAGAAGGUUCUGGAAAACGGCUCGCGUCUCCGUGGAGACAUCAACGUUCUGCUCAUCGGUGACCCUUCGGUGGCCAAGUCCCAGCUGCUGCGCUACGUUUUGCACACGGCCCCCAGAGCCAUCCCCACCACGGGAAGAGGCUCAUCCGGCGUGGGUCUCACCGCCGCCGUCACCACCGACCAGGAGACAGGUGAGCGUCGUCUGGAGGCCGGUGCCAUGGUGCUGGCCGACCGGGGCGUGGUGUGCAUCGACGAGUUCGACAAGAUGUCCGACAUGGACCGCACAGCCAUCCACGAGGUGAUGGAGCAGGGCCGCGUCACCAUCGCCAAGGCCGGCAUCCACGCCCGCCUCAACGCCCGCUGCAGCGUCCUCGCCGCCGCCAACCCCGUCUACGGCCGGUACGACCAGUACAAGACCCCGAUGGAGAACAUCGGGCUGCAGGACUCUCUGCUGUCGCGUUUCGACCUGCUCUUCAUCAUGCUGGACCAGAUGGACGCCGAGCAGGACCGCAUCAUCUCCGACCACGUGCUGCGCAUGCACCGCUACAGAGACCCGCGAGAGCAGGACGGAAGCGUGCUGUCACUAGGGGGUGCUGUUGAUGUGCUGGCCACUGAGGACCCCAACGCCACUGAGGAGGAACAGGAGGAGAUGCAGAUCUACGAGAAGCACAACAACCUGCUGCACGGCAAGAGGCGCAAGGACCGGAUUGUGAGCAAGGAGUUCAUGAGGAAGUACAUCCACGUUGCCAAGGCGAUCACCCCGGUGUUGACGGCUGAGGCGGCGGGCCACAUCGCCGAGGAGUACUCGCGACUACGCAGCCAGGAGCAGCUCAGCUCCGACGUAGCCAGGACGUCCCCUGUGACAGCCCGUACUCUGGAGACGUUGAUCCGCUUGUCCACGGCGCAUGCUAAGGCGCGCAUGAGCAAAGCUGUGGAGCUGGAGGACACUGAGGUGGCCGUGGAGCUUGUGCAGUUCGCCUACUUCAAAAAGGUUCUGGAGAAGGAGAAGAAGCGCUCGAGGUCUGAGAGGCGAGACUCUGCCUCCGAGGAUGAGGAGGAGGAGGAGGAGGCGGAGGGCACACCCAGGCCUCAACGCAAGAGGGGUCGUCGGUCUUCCCAGAGCAGUGAGACGUACGACCCAUAUGACUUCACCACCGAGGGAGAGAUUCCACAGAUCCAAUCCCCCAAGUCCCCUGGCACCAGGCAGACUGAGGAGCCCAUGGAGACCCCCCCUGAGAACGGACACGCUGACGUCACACCUGCCAGGCUGAAGGAGUUCAAGACGGCUCUGCUGGAGGUGUUCCGCGAGGCCCACGCCCAGUCGGUGGGCAUGAACGCCCUGAUGGCGGGCAUUGCCAAGACCACCGCCGCCCCCUUCACGCCCGCCGAGGUGCGCGCCUGCCUCGUCCGCAUGCAGGACGACAACCAGGUAAUGGUCACCGAUGACAUCAUCUUCCUCAUCUGAGAACGAGGUGGAGGAGGAGGAGGAAGAAGAGGAGAAUGUAGCGGAACCUCAGAGUGAUGAAGAGGACACCAUCUUGCUUAUUUGCGAGGAAUUCACAGGGAACUUAGCAGUGUACAGCAGAGUGUAUUAUCUCGCUGGGUUGAAUUAACACUGCCAAAUUUCCUUUGUGUAAAAAAGAGCUGUGCAUGGAUGCGUUUCUCAACAGUGUCGUUGCUAGCUAAGUUAGCAACUUGCUUGGUUGCAAUGCAAUUUCCCAUAGCCAACCUGCUCAGUUGCUAACAGGUUAGCAACGAGACUGUCGAGAAAUGGGGUCCAGGUCUUUUUAGUCAUCUUCAGUUCCACCUCAUUGAUUGGGUUUUAAGACGGCAACUUGGACAUUUUUUAUUUACCCAACAGUUUGUUUUUAUUUUCUUUUACACAUCCACCUGUAUUAUACUGUAUGUUUUGUGGCGACAUCUUUGAACAGUGAUGUUCAGUUUCUAAAAGAAGUCAUGGAGGUCUAUACCCAAUCAAUGAUAAAUUGUCUUUUAGUCUUGCAUCACUCUGAAAUCAUUCAAGGACCCCAUGAGGCUGUGUUUUGUGGGAGUUCUGGCCAUUUUUGUUUUAUUUUCUUUUAAGGAUUUGUGGUUGUACUGUAAAUAUUUUACUUUUUUAUUUUCAUCUGAAAUUGUCCUUUGUUUUGAAGGGGACACAAACCGUGUUGACUGUGUUGCUGGAAGGACAAAUAAAUAAUAUGUUCUAUAUUCA